CGACAUUCGCAUCGAAGCCCAACCAAGAAGUUGGAUUCAGAAGCGAUUGUGUCCGAAAAACGUGCAUCACCUCGACGAUCAGCCAGAAACGAUAAAGAGAAAGGGGAAAAGGCAUCUGACAAGGCGUCAAAGCCGCAUCAUACUGAAUCACCCAAAGCGAAGCGUUCAGGUGUGGAGAAGGAAUUGAAACGGCAUCAUGAAAAAGGUGACGAAGAGCUGAAGGAUGCAUCAGAUUCAGUGAAGCAUAAUGAGGAAGCGGUAAAAUCAAAAAAGAGUUUCGAACAACAGACAACUCAGUCAUCACCCAAAGGCGUGAAGGAAGUACGGCAAAAAAAGGCAAUUGUGCAAGAUAGUGAGGAUGUCGGAAGCGUUCAAAAGUCGGAAUCGACAAAACUGAGCACGAAACUGGUUGCUAAAUCAGCACAGCCUGUUGCCAUUACGUUACCAUGGGUUGAUAAGUAUAAGCCAACAAGCAUUAAACAUUUGGUUGGGCAGAAUGGUGACAAAUCUCCAAUGAAUAAGAUAUUGGGUUGGCUGCGAGAUUGGCCAAAAUAUCAUCUGGGUGAGGGAGCUAAAGUGAAACGACGUUCAUCCUAUAAAUUCCUAUUUGAUAGUACAUGUUCAAUUACAGCGCGACCACCGCCGUGGAUGGCGCAGAGUGAUUGGAGUUCUUUCAAAGCCAUAUUGUUGAGCGGACCUCCAGGAAUUGGCAAAACAACAUGUGCGACGCUAGCUUGCAAGGAACUCGGCCUGCAAUAUAUCGAAAUGAACGCAUCGGAUGCCAGAAAUAAGAAAUUUUUGGAAUCGAAAGUUGCAGAAUUAGUGGGAUGUCAUCAAAUUGACGAAUAUUUUAGCACAAAAUCAAAACCAACGAGAGUAGCUAAAUCGGAUGAACUUGGACAUGUUUUAAUCAUGGACGAAGUCGAUGGUAUGAGCGGGACUGAGGAUAGAUCUGGUUUGGCUGAAUUAAUACAAAUGAUCAAAGAUACGCGUAUACCCAUCAUAUGUAUUUGCAACGAUCGUCAGUCCACAAAAAUGCGCUCGUUGGUGAAUUAUUGUUUUGAUGUUCGAUUCCAACGACCACGAGUGGAGCAAAUAAGGUCACGAAUGCAAACGAUCGCCUUUCAAGAGAAGUUGAAAUUGACAAAGGAACAAAUCGAUGAGUUUAUUGAAGCAUCAAAUCAUGAUGUUCGACAGACCAUUUACAAUUUACAACUGCUAAGCCUUGGAAGUGGAGGUAAAAGCGCCGAUAUCCAGCCAAAAGAUUGCGCUGUGAAUACUUUCGAAGCAGCACGUCGUAUUCUGAAUGCUAACACGACGUUGCUGGAGAAGCAGGAGAUGUUCUUCACUGAUUAUUCAAUUAUGCCUUUAUUCGUUCAAGAGAAUUAUCCGUCGAUACAAAACAAUAAAAUGAGUAAAACUGAAAGAUUAUCAGCACUUCGAAAAGCAGCCGAUAGUAUAUCGAGCGGGGAUAUCAUCGAUAGAGCGAUUCGAACAACGGGCGCGUGGAGUUUAUUGAAUGAACAGGCUCUUUUCUCAUCGAUUCUUCCGUCGAUGCAUAUGAACGGUUUCUUGAAGUCAAUGAUAAAUUUCCCGUCAUGGCUGGGCAAAAAUUCGACAUAUAACAAACGACAACGUCUGAUGAGACAGUUGAUAUCGCAUACACAUCUUAAAAUAUCAGCCGAUUGUCAUUCCAUGGUAACCGAUUAUGUUCCAGUGUUCAGAGAUCGGUUGUGUCGACCUUUGGUUGAGCGAGAAAACGAUGGAAUAAGCGAUGUGAUUGCGAUGUAUGAAGAGUACGAUUUCACACGCGAAGAUUCUGAAGCAAUUGCUGAGUUGGCUGUAUGGCCUGGAAUGAAGGACCCCGGUGCGAAAAUACAGUCAAAGGUGAAAGCGGCCUUAACUCGAGCGCUCAAUAAGGAACAUCGCUUACUGCCGUAUGCAGUUGAUGAGGUUUCAAAAGGACGUCGGAAGGGAGCUGUUGAUGCGGUGGGCGUUGAAAUGGAACUCGAUGAGGAAGGGAAUUUGAUUGAAGUGGGUGCGAAUGACGAUGAUCCGAAUGAGGUGUCGGACGAUAAUGACGAAGAUGCGAGUGCGCAGUCAUCACAAUCGAAAGCGUCAACGAAGACUUCAGGUCGAUCAGCAAGAGGAGGUCGAGGUGGGAGCGCUGCUGCUAAAACGGCUGGCAGAGGUACAGCGAGCUCUGGUCGUGGACGAGGCCGGGGUCGUGGUGCGAAAUCAUAA